UUAACAGAGUGUAAAAUAGCUUUAAUUCUAUUUUUAGACGUGAGAUUUCUGACUGCUCAAAUCAUUUGGUAUUUUCCAUUUCUCCACGUCAACUUUGCUUCAAAGCAAAACUCUCUCUCACUGUCUCUCUCUAAUCUCCAUCUGUAUCUCUAAAUUUUCUGCUAAAUUUUACCAUGGAUUUCACAAAAACCAAACAAAACCCACCUCCCCAACCCCAAGUCCCACAUCUUCACGCGCAUCGACGGCGCGUGCACCACAUGACUGACUAACUGUAGCACCUCAAACUGAGUGACUGACACUCUGAUACAAACCCAAUUCCUCUUCAUUUGACAAACAUGGGCUGUUGUUUUUGUUGUUUUUCGUCUUGGUCACUUCUUUGUCAAACGCUGUUUCUUUUGAAUUUGGCUGCUUAUCAUUUAGCUCAUGCCUCAUCAGACAAGUACAUAUCAGCCAUAGGAGACCCAGGUAUGAAGAGCCCAGAUGUGAGAGUUGGAUUAGAAGCUUGGAACUUUUGCAACGAGGUUGGAAUGGAAGCACCCAACAUGGGUAGCCCCAGGCUGGCUGAUUGUGCUGACUUGGACUGCCCUUUGAUCAUUGAUUCCUUGGGCCGCACCACAAAGUGCGAAGUUCAUCACAAAGUGAAUGAAUCAGAUAACAGCUUAGGGACUGGUGAUAAGUUUCCUGUAACGAGAUUCAAGCCAUACACAGACCCUGACCUGUUUGCUGUGGAAAAGGAACAGUAUCUUGCUUCUCUGUGUGAGGUGCACGAUUCCUCAGAUCCGUGGUACUUCUGGAUGAUUAUGCUCAAGAAUGGAAACUUUGACAAGAAUACUACCCUUUGUCCUGAGAAUGGCAAGAAUGUCAGUAAAAUCAUAACAAAGAGAAAUUUUCCAUGCUUCAAUGAGGGGUGUAUGAAUCAACCACUUGUAUACCAUAAUUAUACAAGAUUGGUUUCUUUAGGGGACCAAAUAGAGUCUUUAACAGGGGGAUUUUAUGGAACAUAUGACCUUGAUGCCGAUUUAAGCAAAGGAGUGGGAAAUAAAUCAUACUUCUCAGUCACAUGGCAGAAGAAUUUGAGCACAGGAAGUUGGGUUUUCUCACAAAGAUUAACAACAUCUUCAAAGUAUCCUUGGCUUAUGUUGUAUCUACGUGCAGAUGCAACUGAAGGAUUUAAUGGAGGUUAUCACUACAGUGGCCGUGGAAUCAUAAGAAAGUUGCUAGAAUCUCCAAACUUCAAGGUAAAGGUGACACUUGAUGUCAAACAAGGAGGAGGGCCCAACAGUCAAUUUUAUCUUCUUGAUAUAGGAAGCUGUUGGAAGAACAAUGGAGAUCCAUGUGAUGGUGAUGUUCUGACAGAUGUGACUAGAUACAGCGAAAUGAUAAUAAAUCCAGCUACUACAAGCUGGUGCCGUGCUGAUAACCUGGUCUCCUGCCCGCCUUACCAUGUUAGUCGUACUGGUGAGAAAAUAUACAGAAAUGAGACAUCUCGGUUUCCGUAUUCUGCUUAUCAUCUCUACUGCAGCCCAGGAAAUGCCAAUUAUCUGGAGGAACCAUAUGAUAUCUGUGAUCCAUAUAGCAAUCCACAGGCACAGGAACUGGUGCAAAUUCUGCCACAUCCUGAAUGGGCUGUGAAUGGAUAUCCUGAAAAGCAAGGAGAUGGAUGGGUUGGAGACUCUAGGACUUGGGUGCUUGAUGUGGGUGCUCUCUCUAGUCGAUUAUACUUCUACCAGGAUCCAGGAACUGAACCAGCAAGGCGUGUAUGGUCUUCAAUUAAUGUUGGUACAGAGAUAUAUGUUAGCAGCACAGGGAUGACUGCAGAAUGGUCUGUCAGUGAUUUUGAUAUACUGAUUCCUGAAGAUGUUGCUAGCUCUGGUGUUAGCUUUGACUGAUCUCUGCACAUUAUAUUCACCUUUUCAUUUAGUAAAGAAUAAGUAAAUAGAGUAAGUAGAACCCAUUACACUUCUACUUAAACCACGUUAUCAUGUCAGCAGUAGAUUCAACACACAUACACAUGAUAAGUGUUGUGUAUACGUUCUCUUAAAUCCAGAUAAUCCUCCUGAUUUUCUUCGCUUUUCAACUAUAAACAUUGGAGCUAGCCUUAUGAUACCAAUUGUCAAUCAUAAAUAACUUUUCUUAGACUCCUCUUGGUUGCCAAGAAACUGAGGAAAUGCUAUUUGCUAAUCAUGUGUAUGUGUAUAAUUCCAUUUGUAAACUCCACUUGUGUUUGUGCUUAAUGUAACAUUUUUCAUUAUGUUGUACA